AUGGAUAGUAAACUUCUUAUAUGACCGCAAACUCAUUGUCUGAAAGUACUGACGAUCCAUUGCUACCAGACAUGGAAGCUCAUCAAGUAGGAGCUGCAAUUUUGUUCAAAUUCUUUUGCUCCAUUGAACUAGAGAGCGCCUUUUUAGUAUUCCUACGUUUCGUCUUAUCAAUGGUUUAUGACUCGUCGUUUCUGCUGACUGUGAAGGAUCGCGUAACAGAUAAACUUAAGACUCUUGGUGCAUUCAUUGAUGAUGAACUUCCGGAUUAUAUUAUGGUUAUGGUUGCAAACAAAAAAAGCGAAAGCGCUAUGGCUAAAGACUUACAGUUGUUCCUGGGUGAACAUACCAAUAAGUUUACUGAAUGGCUCCACCAAACGCUGGAAAACCUGAAAGCUAUGGGUCGUGACUCUAGUGAUGGACGUAGAGAUAAUGAAAGUGUUCGAUCUUCACGAUCAAAGUCUAGGCGACGGAGGGGUCGUAGAUCACGUUCGUCUGAAUCUCGCAGUGGUUCUCCUCCCAAGUCCUUGAAGCGUCCGAGAUCAAGGUCUCCUUUAGGACCAGUUAAGCAUGGUAGAUAUGCUAAUAGUUCUCGCGAGCCCCACGCAGAAGUAGAUGGUAGUGUAAAGGCUGCAGCAGAUGUAUAUAUUUCUGAGGGUAAUGAAUCUUAUCACAUUAAAGAAGAGCGCAAAAUCAUGUCCACUUCUUCCUUAUCCCGAAAAAUAGUUCAAGAAAGUGAAAAUAAUUCGGAAUUAUCGGAUAAAAUGAACAACCUACAAUCAGUUGUUGAAGUGAAAAACUCAGAUAGUCUUAAGCAUGUUAGAACAAAACAAGAGUAUCCUCAACCAUCAAGCUUGCUGCUUAAAAGAGCUGUGAACGAAGCUAAAGCCAGCACAAUGGCAACUGAAUCCAGUUUGCACACUCCGACGAAACGAAAACCAAUCGCUCGACCAAUAGCUUGUUCUGAUGUGUCGUCGUCUUCACAGCCUGAUUCUACAAGGUUUUUCAUUACGUUGUCUGGUGCCGAACCUAAAUCCACACAAAUGAUUUCUCCUCCUAAACUUCGUAAUUCUUCAAGAGUUGGUCGCUUGCGUUCUGUUGGAUACUUCGACCAGACAGAUGUACUGAAUGAUAGAAAACUUCGACUGGGUCCACGCUUGGUAAAUACUAAAUCACUACAUGGGGAAGGUAGAAUAAGUGCUAAACAUCGCCUUGGCCCUGUUAUUCAAUCCAAUGGACGCGUAGUUAGUUUAUCUCGAAGUGAUGAAAAUUUUGACUACAAUUCGGGGAAUGAAUUUGACGAUUUUGUUGAAGGUGACUAUGUAGAAUUAGCAUGUGACGAUGCAUUUGGAAAUGAUGGAAUCGAUGAUGAAAGCCUACAACUCAAAGGAAACUAUGUACCCUUGUCAAAAAUAACUCUAGCUGAUAAAUUAAGUCAACCAACACCUCAGUUAGUGGUGAAUUUGAAUGAAACAGAUGAAGAAGAAGAUGUUACUAGUUUUUCAGCCGGAACUGAUAGGCAGAAGAAAAACAGCUCAAUCAAACAUAAAGAAAAGAUACAAAAUACAGUUGAUAUUACCACAGAAUCGGAAACUCAACCAAAUAUUCCAAGCUCAUUGGAGCGUUGUAAAUUUUGGCCUAAUUGUCGCAAUGGUAGUUCCUGUCCGUACAUUCAUCCCACAGAACCAUGCCAGUUGUUUCCACGAUGUAAAUUUGGAGCAACAUGUACAUUUGUCCAUCCACCAUGUCGUUAUGGGGCAUUAUGUACUCGUCCUGACUGUGCUUUCACACACUCAUCGAAAAAAGUAUUGCCUGUGGUAUCUGCCAACCCAGCUCAAAUAGUAUGCCGUUUCCAAAACAGAUGUACAAAUCCCCACUGUCAAUUUUACCACCCACCUGUUGUUGUUCAAGCCCCUCCAAUCAUUGUUCGAAGUUCAGCUUCAACUGUCCCUGUUUUCAAUAGCCAAAUUCCAUGUCGAUAUGGUUCUGGUUGCACUAAUCGUACUAAAUGUCCUUUCCUUCAUUCUGAUUUACCCUCAGUUGAUCAACUUAAAUGGAUUGCACCUUCCAAGAAACAACAAUCAUCUAAUCCAAUUUCCACAAAGGCAAACUCUACAGAGAAAGCAGUUAAGUCUGUUACCACACUUAAUGAAUAAUGGAUUAGUUGUUAUUAAUGUUAUCGACUAAAGUUUUCUUAAAGACUAUUAGUUAACAAUAUUAUGUUUUGUCAUGCAUUUUGCUGUUUAUUUUUUCAAUUUUAAUAAUAAAUAAUUGGGGGUUCGUAGUGUUUAUAUAUUGUUGAUGGAUUCAAAUAUAAAACAUUAAUAAAGGGAUAUUUGAACUUGAGCUGCAUACUUUUUGCAUGCAUCUGAAAGUUUAUUAAGAGUGCAUUACUUUCUCGUAUUUCUUAGAAUGUAAAAUAAUAUAAAUGUAUGGAGAAAGUGGGUUAAAACUAAGAUAAUAAAAUGCAUAUAAAGUUUUUUAUCGAUAGUAUCUCAUGUUCUCAGUCAAUAAUUUAUGAUAGCUCUGGGUUGUUGUUACAGUAAAUUGUCUUACACAACAUAAUUUGCUGAAGAUUUUUAUCUGGUCUAGCAGUACUCGUGGAUGCAGUAUGUAUAAAUACUCAACAAUUAUUUGCAAUACCGUUGAUCCAUUUACAUCACAACAAAGUAUUUUCAUACUUAAUUUUAAUCUUACCACUAAUAUUCUACGCUGUAAAUGUUAAUCAUAAUACAAUCUAGUGUUAAUAACUAUGAGGGCUUAUACCAAGUCACAUAACAAUAGAACAAAACAACCUGUCCGAAUAUGUUUUAUUUUGUGGAAUAAUUAGCAAUUAUAUCCAAAUAUAAGUAGUAUAUAUCUAUACACCUAGUAUUAUUAUUAGUAGUAGUAGGAAUAGUUUGUUUAUUAACAAAUUCAUCGAAAGACAAUGUACAUACAGACAGUAACAACAACAAGACAGAGGUAAGAAACAAAGAAAGAAAAUGAAAAAGAAAGAUCCAGCCACUUUAAAAAAAUGGCCCAGUUUCCGAGGGAAAGGUUAUUCGUAAUAUUUGAUGUUUCUCUUUUACUCUAUCUCUUAGUAAAGACAACAUAAAUAAGAGAAAAACAAAACAAUUAUAUCAAUUGAAAAAGAGAGAAAUGAAUUGACAAGAUAGAGAAGUUCUGUUUUUUUUUAAAGAAAAGUGGAAUAAGUGUGAUCAUGGAAGUCACACAACAUGUGAAUAAUACGUAACAUUCGUUAUUUAUCUAUUUCUGAGUUGUUGUUAUUGUUUGUUUUUUUCAUUAACAAUGCAUAAUCUAUCUAUCUACUCAUAAAUGAAUACUAGUAUUAGUUAUUGUAGAAAAAGAAUCUUCACAUUAAAAACAAAUACAGUAAUUAUCCAUUACAAGUUCGAAACAUGCACACACACAUGAAAGCAAAGGAAUUGAAAGAAUAUGUAGAAUCCUGUUGAAAGUUUACAUACAAAACAACAAACAAAAUAUGGCCAAUAAAAUAUUUUCUUUCUCAUAAAUGUAAAUUACAAUUAUAAUACUAGACGAAAAAAAAAUUACAACAAUAGUAAUCACAAGAAUGACAAAAUGGUAACUUUCGAGUUAUCUAUCAGAUUGUGUUUGUCUUUGCUUUAGUCAUACAAAAUAAUUCCUCUAAAUGUUUAUAAAUGAAAAUAUGUGUGUGUGUGUGCAUGUGUAGACAGGGCAGUUAUUAGUUGUAUUGUAAACACCGUGUGCACUUUCAACAUACGUACGCAUGAAUUUGAUCCCUGUUUUCUUUUAUUGAUUAGUAUUAUUAUUAUCAUCAUUGUUUACAAUUUUAAUAAACAUACAAUCUAACAGUAAAUAGUACAGUCUAGUUGUUAAAGGUGAUUUGUCAACAAAAUAAAAAUGACCGUAAAUAUUUUCAAUAUUAUAAUUAUUAUUCAGACAACAUUCUAAAUGAAACAUAGAAAGUACUAGUGUUUUUUCUUUUAAUUCAAAUGUGAGUAGAAAAAAAUGUUUAUUGCACAGAACACAUUCAAACUAUAUGAUGUAAACAUAUACGUAUAUAUAUACGAGUGCGUAAACAACCGUAAAUUGUGUACACACAUAUGUAACAAAAAAAAUUCGAUAGUUUAAACGAACGGAAGUAAUAAAGAUAGCGAGUUAUAUCACAGACAUAAUACUUUUCAACUCGAAGAUUCAUACGUAUUAUACGAAUACCGAGCAUUUAUAUCAAUCACAUAACGGUGGAAAAUAAUUAUCAGAAGAGUGUAUAUAUGAGAAGAAGAGGUGAGGGAAUAAAUUGUACAACAAUCUGUUGUUUGACAAAAAAAGAUGGUCGGCUUCUAGUUUGGGAAAUGCUGACGAAACUCAUUGACUAGUUACUUGAAAUUAAUAAAAUUGAUAUAGAUCAAUUACAUUAGUACAAUAAAUUUUUCGUUGAUAUCCACUAUAUACUACUAGUCACAAUACAUAAUUAGUGAUAACAGUAUGCAAACGUUUACAAAACUAUGUUUGGUGAGUGUAUAUGUGAUUAGUGGAGUGAGCAGUUGAAAUUUGUAAUAAUAAGAAAUUUAACUUUAUCAACACAGAAAUAAAGAUUAGAAUAAUGAUGAUAACAUUAAGAGUACUGUGUUUUUGGUCUUAAUCAAUUUUGAGACACUGACAACAGUACUAAUGUAAUUUAUGUCAUGAACACUAGAAUGAUACAUUGAAGAAAAUAGUAUAAACACCUGUCACAUCACAACACAGAUAAGAAGAAAAAGACGACGGAAGUGUUCACCCUGAGGAAUAAUAAUAAAUAGAACAAUGAUAUGAGCAAAUAAACGAACACCAAAACAACUGAAAUCUGUUUAUGCAGUAAAAUCGAUCAGAAAGAAAUGCUUGUUUCUAUUGUUAUUGAAUGAGAAUUUAGAUGACAGUUGCACGUUUCAAAGCUAAAAGAUCUUCUUCAUAUUUGCGGAUAAAUUCUUCACGUUCCUGGCGAGAGUGUAAAGGAAAAAAGUGUAUAAGAUAAAUAUAGAUUGUAUAGAAGAAGCAUGACUGUCUUUUAGUUAAUACACUAAAAGUGUUUACUUCAAAAUUGCUUUUAUUUUAAACGUGUCCGUAAUAUCAAACUUUCUUCCGAUAGUGUAAUAAUAAGACGAAUAUUAUUAGAACUAUAUGAUAUAUU